ACGGAACCGAAAGCGGGCGAGCUUCGGCGCACGCGCGGUAGAGAUUUCCCACUGCCCUGCAGAGCGCGACCUGGACGGCCGUUGCGCCUGCGAAGGCUCCUCCCUCCUUUGCGCGUUCCCCGCUAGGCCCCGCCCACCCGAGGUAGAGGCCGCUGCGCAGCAACCGGAGCGGCGGCGGCAUAAGUAGGGGAGGCUCGCGCCCGUGACCGAGCGCCGCCAUGGUGAAGAUCGCUUUCCAGUCGCCCUUCGCCCAAAAGGACGAGCCCAAGAAGGAGGCGGCCGAGGCCUUGGUGGCCGACAAGGAUCCAGAAGUUGCCACUCACAGCCAUGAAAGUUCUUCUGGAAGAUGCCUGUUGACCCUUCUGGGUGUUGCAUUCAUCUUAGCAGGAGUGGUGGUUGGUGGAGCCUGCAUCUACAAGUACUUCAUGCCAAGGCAUAAAGUGUUCCAUGGACAAAUAUGUUACGUAGGAGAGGACAAUCCAGAUAAUGCUGCAGAACCGUACUUCCUGCCCAUUGCCGAAGUUGCUGAUAUCCGGGAGGAUGAUAACAUAGCGAUCAUCGAUGUUCCAGUUCCAAAAUUCUCUGACAGCGACCCUGCUGCUAUCGUUCAUGAUUUUGACAGGCUUUUGACAGCCUACCUUGACCUGCAGCUGGGUAACUGCUAUGUAAUUCCUCUGAACACCUCCAUUGUGAUGCCACCACGGAACCUGAUAGACCUCUUUGCAAAAUUGGCGACUGGUUCCUAUCUGCCUCAAACCUAUCUCAUUCGUGAAGAAAUGGUUGUGACAGAAGAGAUUGAUAAUGUGUCCGAUCUGGGCAUUUUCAUUUAUCAGCUCUGUGCAGGGAAGGAAACUUUCAGACUUCAGCGCAGAGAUAGGACCAUGGGUCUGCAGAAACGCUCUGUUGAAAAAUGCCACUCAAUCCGGCAUUUUGAAAAUGCAUUUGUUGUGGAAACCAAGAUCUGCCAGCAGUGAAAAGAUACAGGCUGGAAAGUGACGAUCUCGCAUCUUCACCAAGAAGUCCAAGCUUUACAUUUAAAACUUCAGAAUUAAACAAGUGCAGUGAUAAUCAAAAGCCUUAUGCUUUUUGUGUGUGUGUUACUUAGAUUUAAGAAAAGAGAGAAAAUAUAAGCACACUCCAAAGUCACCAUGAUUUUUUGUUUUAUUAUUUUUCUUUGGGCCCCUGAUGUUGCUCACUUUUCCUGAUGUUAAUCUGGAGUGGAAAUUUGCACAACAUUUAAAGUGAUAAUCCACUUGUCCAAGGAGCAUCUGUUUCAGAGGGUUUGUUUUCUUUUGGGGGGGAGGGGGUUAAAGCAGAUAACACCCCUAUAUAUACUGUUGCCCAAUUCCUGCAUAGGACUGUAGCCUAAUCAUCAGCUGACGUAUGAAACUGACUUUAUUAAUCUGUGGUUUGCACAUUUCUUGAAUAGCUUGGCAAAUAGUUCUGCACUCCCAGCUCCUGGUAGGAAAAAAAACACACCAAGACGUCUAAGGUUUAUUUGAACUUCCUGUGUGAAGCAUGUAAAUUCUAAUCUUGGUAAAUCAUCAGCAGCUAACAUGGCUUUUUUUUCAUUUUGUGCAAUUACUGUAUUGAACUUGUAUGUAUAUUUGGAACCUUUAUCUUAUCUUACAACCUCUUUCUUCCUCUUCCUCUCUCUCUUUCUGGUGAUACUUAGUUAUAUCCUGGUACAGUUGCUCUUUACAGCUUUUAUGUUAUUUUGUUUAGUAUCUUAAAACCGGUUGAACACUUUACCUACAGGCAUCCGUAAUUACACCCUGAUUUGGACCAAUUGUCAAUGUUUUUGUAACUGUAAAUUCCCUCCCAAGUCUGCAUAUGAAAUUUUUUUAGAUCAGAACUUCUUACGAUAGCAUUAACUGCAGUCAAGAGUGUUGCCCUUGUUCAGGACUGCAGCACAAGGUGGCAAAGGGAGUGCUGGAGAGCUGCUAACUUGAGUGUUUUAUAAGGGACUUUAUAUUUCACACAAAUCCUGCAACCCUCUAAUAAAUGUUUCUUUAAGACUGUC